GAAUGUUCGUCUGCUAGUCCGUGAAUUGUCAAAAUUCGAAAAGGAUUCUUCUAGAUUCACGUGAUCCAAGUGAAUUUAUCCGAAAACAUCUUCCGUUCCAGCUUUUCGAGAUUUGUACCAUUUGUCUGGUUUCAUCGACGUUAGUUGAUCCAUCACUUAAACUAUUAUCAUGGCGCCCAACGUCCAGCCGAAAAUGAAAGCUUUUGAAACAAAGAGCAAACCGGCUGAAAUUCGUUCCAGCAAUAUUGAAGCAGCCAAAGCUGUGGCUGAUGCUAUUCGAACAAGCCUUGGACCCCGAGGAAUGGAUAAAAUGAUUCAGUCGGGUAAAGGAGAUGUCACCAUUACCAAUGAUGGUGCAACCAUUUUGAAACAGAUGAAGCUUGUCCAUCCAGCUGCUAAAAUGUUGGUUGAGCUGUCAAAAGCUCAAGAUGUCGAAGCUGGAGAUGGUACAACCAGUGUUGUGGUUCUUGCUGGAAGUUUCUUGGAGGCAGCACAGAAACUUUUGGAAAAGGGAAUCCAUCCUACUGUCAUCAGUGAAUCUUUCCAGAAAGCAUCUGUUAAGGCUGUUGAAAUUUUGGAAGCCAUGGCUACUCCCAUGAAACUUGAGGACCGCCACAGUUUGUUAAUGAGUGCCACCACUUCACUUGGAUCAAAAGUUGUAUCUCAACACUCUGCACUGUUGGCCCCUCUAGCUGUUGAUGCUGUUCUCAAAGUUAUUGAUCCUCUUAAGGAUCAUGAUGUAGAUCUCAGAGACAUCAGAGUUAUUGAGAAACUUGGCGGAACUGUGGAUGAUACUGAGCUUGUUGAGGGAUUAGUUCUUGAUCAAAGAAGUGCUGGCAGCGGCGGUCCUUCUCGGAUGGAAAAGGCGAAAAUUGGUUUGAUCCAAUUCUGCAUCUCACCUCCCAAGACAGAUAUGGAUAACCAAGUCGUCGUAUCAGAUUACAACGCAAUGGAUCGUGUGUUGCGUGAGGAACGUGCGUACAUUCUCAAUGUGGCCAAGCAAGUUAAAAAGGCUGGUUGCAAUGUUUUGUUGGUCCAGAAAUCCAUUCUUAGGGAUGCGGUGAGUGAAUUAGCUCUCCAUUUCUUUGACAAAAUGAAGAUCAUGGUCGUCAAGGAUAUCGAAAGAGAAGAUAUUGAGUUCAUUACCAAGACAUUGAAUUGCCGACCUAUUGCCAGUCUGGAUCAUUUCUUGCCUGAAUAUAUGGCGUCAGCUGAUCUGGUAGAAUCUGUCCCUACCGGUACCUCCAAAGUUGUGAAGAUUACGGGUAUUCAAAAUGUUGGCAAAACAGUAUCAGUCAUCGUCCGAGGCAGCAACAAGCUCGUCUUGGAAGAGGCUGCUCGAUCUCUCCAUGAUGCUCUUUGUGUUAUCCGUUGCCUGGUCAAAAAGAGGUUCAUCAUUGCUGGUGGUGGAGCUCCAGAGACUGAACUUGCUUAUCAGCUUACCCAGUACGCACAGGGAUUGCCCGGUGUUGAAGCUUAUUGCCUUCGUGCGUUUGCCGAAUCGUUGGAAGUAAUUCCCAUGACGUUGGCCGAAAACGCAGGUCUUAACCCUAUCGCCACCGUGACUGAUUUGAGGAACAAACACGCCUGCGGGUUCAAGUCAUCCGGUAUCAACGUUCGCAAGGGUGCUAUUACUAACAUGCUGGACGAAGGAGUUGCACAGCCACUUCUGGUGACCACCAGUGCGAUCACUUUGGCUUCGGAAACCGUCCGUUCCAUUCUUAAGAUUGACGACAUCGUCAACGCUCUGUACUGAGGCGUGUUCUUUCUAGUGUGAAACCAACAAAUCACCCGGCCUAGCUUGCUUUUUUUGCAUUAAUGUGCCGCUCUCUUGUUUGCUGCUACUGUUUCUUCUUUAAUACAAAAUUCCUCUCGCGCUUA